GCCCUUGAAAGUAAAUCCUCUCUUCUUCUCUGUUCGGUGGGCUCCUUUUCUUCUUCUUCUUCUCUCUCUCGGUCUCUCGCCCCCUCUUCAUCUUCUUUUCUCCCUGUUCGGUAAACUCUCUCUCUCUCUCUCUGACUAGGACUCUCUUACUGAAGGUUCUUGUUUCGACCCUUUGGUUCUCUGCUUUCAAUCAGUCAACUGGUCUGAAAUUGUUGAUUGAGCGGAAUGGAGUCUGCCUCCGCCGCACCGUCUAAUGAACACGCUUCUACAACCGGGUCUAAUGCUAAUAAUUCAUCACAUGAUCCGGCACGGGAUCAUGUAACUGAAGAGAAGGAUACCUGAUACACAACCAAACCAACACCUUUCAGAGAAUUCACCGCCAAAAACAAUGUCGUCUCAUAACGACCUUGAGACUCAACAGCAACAACAACAACCACCUGAUGUGGAACACAAUGAUGGGGACUAUGAGACUAUUACUGAAGUUGGAUGGUAUAUUCUUGGUGAUAAUCAACAAAAUGUUGGCCCUUAUGCCUUUUCAGAGUUGCGUGUUCUACCAGUAAAAAAUUGCACGGUUUCAGGAAAAUUGUUCCAUCUCUAUCAUGUUGAAUUGGUAUAACGAGCUAUUGAAACAUCUAUUGACAGAGCAUUUCGUAAACGGGUACCUCUCCGAAAGUACACUUGUCUGGGCAGACGGAAGAAGUGAAUGGCAACCAUUGUCUUCAAUCCCUGGGUUGCUGACUGGAAUUUCUCAGCAGGGAGCUGGUUAUUCAACGACAUUGCAUUCCAACGAUGAUGAGUAUGAGAAAUGGCAGGAGGUGGUUAGAGAGGCAGAAGCAGCAGCAGAGGCGGAUGAGUUAAAGAGCGAAUUUCUUUCUGGCAAUGUUGGUGGUGACUCAGGGGAAUUUGAUCUUGAUAGACCUUCGACGCCACCAGAGGGUGAGGAAGAGUUCACUGAUGAUGAUGGGACCGUGUACAAGUGGGAUCGGGGUCUUAGAGCAUGGGUUCCUCAGGAUGACACACUCAGCAGAAGCGAGCUAUAUGGACCAGAAGAGAUGACCUUUUUGCAAGAAGAGGAAGUCUUUCCAAAUUUUAGUGUUUCUGAUGCCCCGGUGAAAGAAGUUAAUGAAACAGUAAUCACUUCUGAUGCCCCUGGAAAGGAAGAAGUUGAUGAUGCCAGUGAGAUAUUGGGAACAAUGCAAAAUGGCAAGAGAAAAUUACCAGACAAGGAAGCAGAGAAAAAGGAAGCUAAUAAACCUCCCGAUAGCUGGUUUGAAUUAAAAGUGAAUACACAUGUUUAUGUGACUGGGCUUCCUGAAGAUGUUACCAUUGAUGAAGUAGUGGAGGUAUUUUCCAAGUGUGGGAUAAUAAAGGAGGAUCCUGAAACAAAAAGACCACGUGUGAAGCUAUAUGUUGACAAGGAGACAGGAAGGAAAAAGGGAGACGCACUAGUUACGUAUCUGAAGGAACCAUCUGUUGCUCUAGCUGUCCAAAUUUUGGAUGGAGCGCCUCUACGUCCUGAUGGCAAGGUCCCUAUGUCAGUCACCCUGGCUAAGUUUGAGCAGAAAGGGGAUAAAUUUCGUGCCAAACAAGUUGACAACAAGAAGAAGAAGAAGCUGAAGAAGGCAGAAGAGAGGAUGCUUGGCUGGGCUGGUCGUGAUGAUGCAAAGGUCUCAAUUCCUGCUACUGUUAUUCUUCGUUACAUGUUCACUCCUGCUGAAAUGAGGGCUGAUGAAAAUUUGCAUUUAGAUUUAGAGACAGAUGUUAAGGAGGAAUGCACAAAGCUUGGUCCAUUGGACUUGGUCAAGGUUUGCGAGAAUCAUCCACAAGGUGUUGUUUUGGUAAAAUUCAAGGAUAGGAAGGACGCUCAAAAGUGCAUUGAAACAAUGAAUGGAAGAUGGUUUGGUGGUAGACAGAUACAUGCCAGUGAGGAUGAUGGUUUGGUCAACCAUGCUCUGGUGCGGAAUUUGGAUGAGGAUGCUGUACGGCUGGAGCAGUUUGGUGCUGAGCUUGAAGCUGAAUAAGUUGGUAUCAGUGCUGCAAAUUUACUAUGUAUUCGCGAAGGACUAAUUCUUGUUGUGUAGAAAUCUAUAACUUGAGGAUGAUAAUGGUGCUUUAAGAUCCACAUUAUCCUAUGACCUCUGUUAAUAUAGGUUUUACGAUAAAAAAAAUGACCAUCUGUAAAGAAAGUGUUGAUAUUUGGCACUUUUUUAGUGAGCUAUGAAAUGUUGAAGUUUGAUAGUUA